AUGCAAUCUGAAGAUGCAGAUUUACGGAGUCCGCCAGGUCGGACGAAUGACCAAUCAACGAAUGGCAGCGAGACAAAGUACCAAAUAAAAAACGUAAAAGACCCGACAGCCCAACGGAAUGUCGACGAAGAUCCUGAAAUCGCACAUAAAACUAAAGAAUAUAUACCAAAACCAGAACCAAUUUUUGUGACUGGUAUUGUCAACAUAACACCCUUAAGGGAACUUAUAGUCAAAGUUGAGGCUAUAGAUAAGUUUACGAUGACUACGCUAAGCUCUGGACAUAUCAUUAAGCUAGUGCCUGUUGACAUCGAAACCUAUAAAACAAUAAGAGACAAUCUAAUUAAAAAUAACAUUAAUCACUACACUUACAAACUUAAGAGUGAAAGGGCGUACAGAGUAGUGAUAAGUGGCUUACAUGCGUCAGAAAAUAUUGACAUGAUUAAAGAAGAGCUGCAAGCCAUACGUCAAAUAGUCAACGUAUUGCAUAGAACAACAAAAGAAAAACUACCCCUCUACUUUGUAGAUUUAGAGCCACAAGCCAACAAUAAGGAUAUUUUCAGUAUAAAUACAUCAACCAUGUCAAAGUUACAAUCGAAGCACCUUACAAGAAAAAAGAAGUAUUGCAAUGUAAGAGAUGUCAAAGAUUUGGGCACUGUAAAAAUCAAUGCUUUAGACCUUUUCACCCAAUCACAUCACCCAACAAGCGCAUGUACCAAAACUCCUGAGUCAGAAGCAGUGUGCGCUAAUUGUCAAGGCAGAAACCCGGCGAGCUACAAAGGUUGCAUUAAAUAUAAGCAGUACAAGGAAAAAAUUCUAAGUCUCAAACCUGCCCAACAACCUAAACAAACAAACGUUACUACACACCCAAAACAGAGCAUCAACGAGAAUGACAAGUCAACGCACCACACAGGCUUCAGCUAUGCCGGUGUACUGAAGAACAAGCGUAACAAUUCUUUUACUCAGUCACGCGUUCCUAUUUUGGACGCGAGCCAACAGAAUAUAACAAGCUUAUUGGACACAAUGUUUGAAAGAUUCCAAAAAAUCAUUAAUGACCUGAUGGACAGAAUGAUUGAUCAGAUUAUCAAACUAAUUACGCGACUUACCGCACAGAGGGACUAA